CCAAAUAUGUCAGCCUCCAUGGCGUCCUGGAAAUCAUGACAGAGUUUAACUUGCAAAAUUAAAACAAUAAUGAAUUGUGCAUUUCAAAAUAGGUUAAUAAAAUCAAUAAAUACAUCUCUUCGACUUAAUUGCCGCUUUUUAUUCGAUGACAAACCAACGAAAAAGUCGAGAAGCAAAAAAUACACUUCAACUUUAAACUUGCCCAAAACAGCAUUUCCAAUAUCGUUAAAAGAUGCACCACUACGCGAAAAAGAAAUACAAAAGAUAUGUGGAUUUGCUGGUCUGUAUGACUGGCAGUUGAGGAACAACACUGGACCUGAGUUUGUUCUUCAUGAUGGUCCCCCAUAUGCAAAUGGAGUCCCUCAUGUAGGACAUGCUAUUAACAAGAUAUUGAAGGACAUCAUUAAUCGUUACCACGUGCUCCGUGGAGACCGUGUCCACUAUAUCCCUGGCUGGGACUGCCACGGGCUGCCCAUAGAACUGAAGGCACUUCAGGGCAGGGGCCAGCUGAGGUUGACACCAGUCCAGGUCAGGGAGGAAGCCAAGAAGUUUGCAGAGAGCUCCAUUCAGGCUCAGAUGAAGUGCUUUAGCCGAUGGGGGGUGAUGGCUGACUGGACUGCCCCAUAUUGCACAUUCCACCCAGAAUACGAGGCAACACAGCUGGAAGUUUUCAUGCAACUUUUAGAGAAGAGCUAUAUCUACCAAGAUGUGAUGCCUGUGUAUUGGUCACCAUCUUCAAGGACUGCCCUUGCUGAGUCUGAGUUAGAGUACAACAGCAGCCAUGUGAGCACGUCUGUGUAUGUUCGACUCCUGUUGAGGGUCAAACCUGCCUUCAUUAACACUGACAAACGGGUAUUUGCUGUUAUCUGGACCACAACUCCUUGGACAUUACCUGCCAAUCAGGCUGUGGCAUACUCAGAGAAUAUAAGGUAUAUGUGCAUGGAGGAAGAAGACAGCAGUGAUAUGUACCUUUGUGAGGAUAGCUUUGUGGAAAAGCUUCAAUCUAUCCUUGAAAAAAAACUGCAAAAUGUUGGAUCAUUUAUGGGAUCAGAUUUGCGUGGAGUCACCUAUGAGCAUCCGUUGACCAAUGAAGAGCUGCCAUUCCUGGCUGGAGGUCAUGUGACCGCAAACAAAGGCACAGGAUUGGUCCACACAGCGCCCUCACACGGCCAUGAUGAUUUUCAACUGGCAAAAUCUCAUCAGAUUGACAUUGAAGUAUUUCUCGAUGACAACUGUUGCUAUACUGAUAAUGCUGGUCAGGAUCUUGUUGGUAAACCAGUUGGAAAAGAAGUGGAGGAUAUAGUCCUUGAGAAGCUUGGCGACAUGCUACUGCACAAGGAGGCGUUCACUCACAGCUACCCGUAUGACUGGCGGACCAAGAAACCUGUCAUCAUACGCACCAGUAGACAGUGGUUUAUUGACACCAGGGCACUUCAUCAACAAGCUAGCGAAUGCCUUCAAGAUGUCACUAUAUUUCCAUCGAGUCUGGUGUCCAGCAAGGCAGCCAUGUUGGGUUCCCGGUCAUACUGGUGUAUCUCACGACAGCGUGUCUGGGGCGUGCCUAUACCUGUGUUCUACCACAGACAAACCAAGCAGGCUCUUACUUCCAGACCUAUAAUAGAGCACAUCAAAACCCUGGUUGCCAAGGAGGGAUCAGGCAUUUGGUGGUCACUCUCAGAUGAAGAAUUACUGCCGCAGUCACUUCUUGACCAGUUAGGGGCUGGGAAGACGGCUGAUUACGAUAGGGGUCAAGACAUUCUGGAUAUCUGGUUUGAUAGUGGCUCCUCAUGGGCAGCUGUGCUCGGUGCAGGGAAGCAGGCAGAUGUUUACUUAGAGGGGACAGACCAGUUUGGAGGUUGGUUCCUGUCUUCAUUGCUCACCUCCGUGGCCCUGCAGGGGAAAGCCCCUUACAAGAGCCUGGUUGUGCACGGCUUCACGAUGGAUGAGGAUGGCAGAAAGAUGUCCAAGUCUCUCGGCAAUGUGGUCGACCCAGAUAUUGUGGUCCAUGGCACCAAGAACCAGGAGAAGACUCCAGGGUAUGGUGCAGACGUGUUGCGAUGGUGGGCCGCUGUGUCCAACCUGCAGUCUCACAGCUCCAUCGGGACCACCAAGCUGGAGAACAUCAGAGCUGAGCUCUACAGUUGUAGAACGACCCUUCGUUUCCUCUUGGGCAACAUCAGCUGUAAGAACGAGGGCCCACUGGUCCACUAUGAUUCCUUGUGGCCACAGGACAAAUACAUGCUGUAUCAGCUCUACCAGCUUGCUUCAAAGAUAUGUGGGUUCUAUGAAAACUUUGAGUAUGCCAAACUCCUUCAGCAUGUGCUCAAGUUCUGCAAUGAUGAUGUGUCUAAAUUCUAUGCCUCCAUCGUUAAAGAUAGGUGUUACUGUAGUGAGGAAGACAGUGUACCACGUCGGGCCAGUCUUACGGCCCAGUUUCACAUCCUGGACGUGUUGACCCGAGCCCUAGCUCCCAUUCUCCCUCACUUGACUGAAGACCUCUAUCAGCACUACCCGCCUGGAAAACGAAAAGCAGAUGUGGACAGCCUGUUUAAGACAGGCUGGUUUAACCUUCCAUCUGAGUGGAACAACCCAGAGAUCGUUCACACGCUUCGGCCGGUACUGGACAUUCGAGAGCACCUGAUGGACAUCCUUGGAUCGGAGCCCUCCCUAGAGUUUGAUGCAAUGAUCUUCUGUAGCAAGCUGCUGCAUAGUAAACUUCAGGAGCUCCAGCCCCAGCACACAUCAAGCCUGUCCCCCCUGUGUGAGAUCCUGCAGACAGCCAGCACCACCCUUACUGAGGAACCCCUCGUGGUGAUCCCUGACGACGUGCAGGCAAUCAACGGUAUCUGCAAUGUCCACAUGAAAGAUGGCUUUGGGUCACCAGAGAAAUAUGUGAUAAUUUUAAAGGAUACAGACCGCUUUCUCUGCGAGCGUUGUCGUCGGUUCAUGGCAGAUGAUUCUAAUGAGCCCUGCAAACGCUGCAUGGCAGUGCUAGCGUCUGGUUGGGAAUAACUGCCUAACAUGGAUAGCUCUGUACCUGUUACAUUAACUCAUAAAUGUGUCUAGAAUCAUAGAAAUAUUUUAGUGAAUUCCAGACAAAAAAUAUAUUCAUACCACAGAUUUGUCAAAAGUCAUAGUAUUUAUGUUGCAUAUUGCAACUGAUAAACCAUAGUUGUAGCAAAAUUAUCACUUGUAUUGAUAUAGCUUAUUGUUAUUAUGGAAAUAUCAAUGAAUUCAAAUUGAUAAAACACUGUUUCAAUCGAACAUUUUCGGUUAAUAUUUCUGCCCCCUGUAACUGUUGAACCAUUUCCCUCAUAAGAAGCAAAGUGAAAAUGGCUUUUCCAACCAGCAUAAAACCAGAACAGCCUGCAAGUAACUCGCAGUCUUUUCAUGUUUUAUGCUGUGUGCUGCUCAUCAGUAACUCGCAGACUGUUCAGGUUUUAUGCUGUUUGCUGCUCAUCAGUAACUCAGAGUUGGAAAUGAAGACUUUAAAAUUUGAAUCUGGUAGGAAAGGUCUUUAGCUUAAUUCAACUUUCUAUGGGACUGUAAAUGCGUCAAAACAUGUAUCUAAGUGGUAAAGGGUUAAAUAAGAAUCUAAGUGGUAAAGGGUUAAAUACUUAUCUAAGUGGUAAAGGGUGAAUAGACUUAUAGGUUAAAAAUAUCUUAAAAAUAGGUUAUGAGGUACAGUUUGACCUGCAUUUGAAAAAAUAAAGUUAAAUGUUGUUGUUGUUCGGUAUUGACAUGUAUUGAAGUUAAGUCAUCAUGUUGGAUGAGCACCUGAUGUUUAUAUAAAUUGUGGAACAUAUACAAUUCUUACAUACACAUUACAGUUUUAAAUUAUUUUUAGCUCACCUGAGCACAAUGUUCUCAUGGUGAGCUUUUGUGAUCACCUUUUGUCCGUCGUCCAUUGUGUGGCGUCAACAUUUGCCUUGUUAAUUCUCUAAAGACCACAUUUAUUGUCCAAUCUUCAUGAAAUUUAGUCAGAAGAUUGGUCUCAAAAAUAUCUUGAAUGAGUUUGAAAAUGGUUACGUUUGCUUGAAAAACAUGGCUGCCAAGGGGCAGGGCUUUUUUUCCUUAUAUGGCUAUAUAUGGCUAUAGUAAAAUCUUGUUUACACUCGUGAGGCAACAUUUAUUGUCCGAUCUUCAUGAAACUUGGUCAGAAGAUUCAUCCCAAUAAUAUCAUGGACGAGUUCUAAAAUGGUGGGGCGGGGCAUUUUUCCUUAUACGGCUUUAUAUGGCUUAAGUAAAACCUUGUUAACACUCUAAAGGCCACAUUUAUUGUCCAAUCUUCAUGAAAUUUGGUCAGAAGAUUGGACUCAAUGAUAUCUUGGAUGAGUUCGAAAAUGGUAACGUUUGCUUGAAAAACAUGGCUGCCAAGGGGCGGGGCAUUUUUCCUUAUAUGGCUAUAUAUGGCUUUAGUAAAAUCUUGAUAAUACUCUAGAGGCCACAUUUAUUUCCGAUCUUCAUGAAACUGUCAGAAUAUUCAUCCCAAAAAUAUCUUGGAUGAGUUCAAAAAUGAUGCUGGUUGGUUGAAAAACACGAAUGCCAGGGAGCGGGGCAUUGUUCCUUAUAUGGCUAUAGUAAAACCUUGUUAACACUCUAGAGGCCUUAUUUAUUUUCCGAUCUUUAUGAAACUUGGUCAAAAGAUUUGGCCCAAUGAUAUCUUGGAUGAGUUCAUGGUUUUGGUUGCUUUAAAAACAUGGCCACCAGGGGGCUGGGCAUUUUUCCUUAUAUGGCUUAAGUAAAACCUUGUUAACACUCUAGAGGCCACAUUUAUUGUCCAAUCUUCAUGAAAUUUGGUCAGAAGAUUGGUCUCAAUGAUAUCUUGGAUGAGUUCGAAAAUGGUAACGUUUGCUUGAAAACAUGGCUGCAAAGGGGCGGGGCAUUUUUCCUUGUAUGGCUUUAGUAAAAUCUUGUUAACACUGUAGUGCCACAUUUUUUGUCCAAUCUUCAUGAAACUUGGUCAGAAGAAUCAUCCCAAUAAUAUCUUGGAAGAGUUGAAAAACAUGGCCGCCAGGGGGUGGGGCUUUUUUCCUUAUAUGGCUAUAGUAAAACCUUGUUAACACUCUAGAGACCACAUUUAUUUUCCGAUCUUCAUGAAACUUUGUCAGAAGAUUUGUCCCAAUGAUAUUUUGGACGAGUUCGAAAAUGGUUUUGGUUGCUUUAAAAACAUGGCCACCAGGGGUGGGGCAUUUUUACUUAUAUGGCUAAAUAUGGCUUUAGUAAAACCUUGUUUACACUCUAGAGGCCACAUUUAUUGUCCAAUCUUCAUUAAAAAUUUGGUCAGAAGAUUGGUCUCAAUGAUAUCUUGGAUGAGUUUGAAAAUGGUUACGUUUGCUUGAAAAACAUUGCUGCCAAGUGGCGGGGCAUUUUUCCUUAUAUGGCUAUAGUGAAAUCUUGUUAACACUCUAGAGGCCAUAUCAUGAAACUUGGUAAAAAGAUUCAUCCCAAUAAUAUCUUGGACAAGUUCAAAAAUGAUGCCGGUUGGUUGAAAAAUAUGGCAGCCUGCGGCGGGGCAUUUUUCCUUGUAUGGCUAUAGUAAAACCAUGUUAACACUCUAGAGGCCAAAUUUAUUUUCCGAUCUUCAUGAAACUUGGUCAGAAGAUUUGUCCCAAUGAUAUCUUGGAUGAGUUUUAAAAUGGUUUCGGUUGCUGUAAAAAUAAAGCCACUAGGGGGCGGGCAUUUUUCUUAAUAUGGCUAUAUAAUGCUUUAGUAAAACCUUAUUAACACUCUAGAGGCCACAUUUAUUGUCCGAUCAUGAUGAAACUUGGUCACAAGAUUUGUACCAAUGAUAUCUUGGACGAGUUCGAAAAUGGUUCCGGUUGGUGGAAAAACAUGGCUGCCAAGGGGGCGUGGCAUUUUUCCUUAUAUAGCUAUAGUAAAACCUUAAAAACACUCUAGAACCCAAAUUUAUGGUCCAAUCAUCAUUAAACUUUGUCAGAAGAUUUGUCCCAAUAUCUUGGACAAGUUUGAAACUGGUUCUAGUUGCUUGAAAAACAUGGUCACCAGGGAGCGGGGCAUUUUUCCUUAUAUGGCCUGAUGAAUCUUCAUGAAACUUUGUCAGAAUAUUUGUUUAAACGAUAUCUUGGAUGUGUAAGAAAAUGGUUCUGGUUUGUUCAAAAACUUGGCUGCCAGGGUGUUCACUAGUCAUGGAAGUUGGUAAGAACAUUAUGUUCUAAUGUCAUCUUGGGCUGCACAGAACAACAGGUCAGUUCCUUUGAAUCUCAGGUGAGCAACUUUGGGCUUUUCAGGUCCUCUUGUUCUAAUGUACUUUUUCUUAGGAAAAUGAUUCAGCUUUCAUCUAAAUUGUUUGAAAAUAAAUUGGUUUAUUUUUUUUUUAAUUAAGCCUUUUUCAUUCUGCUUUCAUACUGUUUUGAAUUCCAAAGAUCUGACAAUUUCACAAUUAAUAUUAGUAGUAGUUUACACAUAUAUUGACUUUAUGUAUUUCAUGAGACCCAUGUUCCCAUUUUUAGGAUAUUGAUAAGUCGAAAAAUAGUAUUAUGAAAUACAUGUGAAAUAAUUGAUAUAAAAGAUAUUAUUAAAUGCAUGUUUUGUUGCUAAAUGUUGCUUGAAAGUAUAGAAAGUAUUUUCUUAAUGUCUGUUAUCUGACACUUUUUAAAAAUAAAAUUUUAAUAUA